AUUGCACGGACAAUUUGUACGCAACAGUCAAGACUCGAGCUUCUAAAAUAGCGUAAUGACGCAAACGGACCUCAGGAAAUAUCCAGCUCAAACUAAAACCUGUCUAUAGUUUCAUUCAAGAUGGUUUUAGAAACUAUUUCAAAGAUCAUAAAAACCCAGCUUCCAGCCUACCUCAAGAAGUUCCCCCUUCCCGAGACGAUCGGAGGAUUUGCGAGGUUAACAGUCCUUGAUUGGCUCCGGUUGCUGCCUCUCCUGGGAAUCUUGGCCCUGCUGGGCUACCUCACCAUCCGGCCCUUCCUGCCCAAGAAGAAGAAGCAGAAGGACAGCCUGAUCAACCUGAAGAUCCAGAAGGAGAACCCCAAAGUGGUUAACGAGAUAGAUAUUGAGGACUUGAAGAGCACAAAUGUCUGCUACUGCCGCUGCUGGCGCUCCAAAACGUUUCCUGUUUGUGACAAAUCACACAUAAAGCACAAUGAGUUGACUGGAGACAACGUGGGGCCUCUCAUACUCAAGAAGAAGAUAUUAUAAUCCAUCUUUAACACUGAGGGAGCCGCCAUCUUCACUCCCUCCUGUCUUUAGUUCUUUAAAGAAAAUGUAUUUUAGGGCAUGGCCUUUUGCACUCUCCCAAAUUGUCUUUUGUUUUGGUAAAAAAAAGAUGGCGCAUACUUUGCUUUUGGCAGUGAUAUGCUGUAGAAAUGUUGGUGGCACGUUAACUCAAAGAUUUUACCAUCAACACUUUUGUAAAUCUUAUUUAUUUCAACUUGCCAAUAAUGGGCAUUAGAGGUUAUACCACAGAGUAGCAUAAAACCUUUCAAACUAUCACCACUCCCUCUUAUUGUCUCUUUCUGAGAACCUUUUGUACAGUGGCCAUUUUCCAGUCUGGCUAGUAGCUCUUGUUAGAAACAGUUAACCUUGGUCUCCUUGGUAGCACCGCUCGGUUUCAAACUAUUGGGAUCACAUUGAGGGUAAUUUGAACUUAAGUCAUAAUUGCAAUCAGGGUAGCAACUUGCUAUUUAGGGUAGUAGUAUAUUUUGUUCAGUUGAAAAAAUAUAUAUACUUAGCCUUUUCAGUCUCCGAACUACUGUAAGCUUGAAGUCGUUCACUUGCAUACAAACA